UUUGUCGGAAAUAUCUACGGAGCAGGCAAAGGUGCUCGCAAGGACUUGGAAGGCAUCGGAUUCGGUGAAGGAAAUUUAGACGGACCAGGCAAAGGCGCUGAGAUUAAACGACAGAGGUCUAGUAUAUAACACUAGCUAAGUGGCUUGAGCUGGUGACAGUAUUGGAUUUGUAGGAAAUGGCUCAAAUGAGCAUGGCCUCGAUUAUCGAACCGUAUAGGAAGGGUACGCCCUUUAGCGAUUGGAUAGAUCGUUUGGAAUUUUGUUUUACCGCAAAUAAUAUUACUGCUGAUUUAAAAAAAGCUCAUUUUAUCACUCUGAGUGGUCCGUUUGUGUUUGCAGAACUUAAGCUUUUGUAUCCUACGGGGAAUUUGAACGAUUUGUCGUAUGAGGACAUGAUAAAAAAGUUAAGAACACGCCUUGACAAAAAACCGUCUGGUUUAGUACAGCGGUUGAGAUUUUCGAAUAGGGUGCAGCACCCUGAUGAAUCCUUAGAGGAUUAUGUCCUCGCAGUGAAGCUCCAGGCUGAAUUCUGUUCUUUUGGUACUUUUAAGGACCAGGCCGUAAGAGAUAGAAUUAUCUCGGGUAUAACAGAUACAGCCCUACAGGAAAAAAUUCUAAAUGAGGAGGAAGACUUAAGCGCUGAAGCCACAGAGAAGAUUAUACUGACAUGGCAAAUGGCCAAGUCAAACGCCAAAUCGCUGGGAAUAGGGGGUAAACCUGAGACAAUAGCAUCGAUUAACCCAACAAAUUCUCCUCGUGGAAAGGUUUGGCAAAAACUUAUGAAUGCUUACUGCAAUUCGCAAGCUGCUAAUAAUUUUAGCACUCCCAACUCAUCCAGGGGUCCGGUAAAAUCUAGAUUAGGUUACAGACAGUAUGGUCGAGGGGAAAUACCCAAAUCUCAUUUGAAUGGUUCGGAAAGAUUAUAUGAACGUAAGAAGAUAGAUUAUUCUAGAUUGACAUGCGAUUUUUGCGGAGUAAAGGGCCAUAUUAAAAAAAAAUGCUUCAAAUUGAAAAACCUAAAAAGGGAUGCGGUAAAAUUCGUCGAUACCUAUGAGAAGCCUGGGACCAGCCAAAGCAAAUCGUUGAACGAGAUUUUCAGCCGGAUGUCAACACGGGAGGACAGCGAAGACGAACCUGAUGCAGGUGAUGUUCAAUAUUACAAUUGGAAGCGUGCCGGUAAUGGCACACCGUUCCCAAAUACGGAUUAGAGAUAGUAGUCCGGGGAGGAGAAACUUACUGGUUUCUUGGAAGCCACGAACCGAAAUUGGAAGAGAAAACGAGAACAACACUAUGAGUGACGAGGAAGAAUUCAGGGGAUUUCCUGAGCAGGAUCAACCAAGGAAAGGUGUUAAAAGAAAGCUGAAUUUGGACCAGGUGGAUUUGCCAGCAUUAAGAAGGUCGAAACGGUUGCGAAAAGCAAAUCUCGAUCAUAGUUACAUUUACGAAUGAAUUGAAAUGAAUUUUAUGAAUUAUGUUCUAAAUGAAUUAUAACGAAACCAUCAGGAAAGCCUGAUUUCGAAAUAUUUUCAAACUGGUUUCGAAUUACUUUCAAAUUGUAAUUAUUGUAAGCAAUCAUAUGUACAUAUUUUAUUAUUUAAUUAUAAGACAAUUUUAAGGGAAAAGUACUGAUAUGUACACCUUAUGUAUUACAUAGUGGAAACAGAGGUAACGCAAGUAACCAUCCACUUGUCAUCGAGAUAGA